ACAACCACCAUUCAUCCCUUGAUGAGUUGGCUGUGUCUUUGGUGAUCAUCACUACAUCAAAGACUGCCACCGUGCUCGACCCAUCCGAAGCCCGUUGACUCAACAGUUGACUCAAAGAACUCUUCGAUGGCUCUUGCAGGUCUCUCAAACAAAUUGAGGACCGAGUACCUCGGCCAUGAAGACCAGGAACAUGUUGCUGCCAUAUCAACCACUACGGCUGCCGUUUUAUCCACACUCUUCACACUAAUAUAUGUGUUACCAUUCUAUUUGUCACGGUCGACUCGGCCAUCGCCGACCCUCAAUCGAGAUGCUCCCUCAGUCAUCAGAGCCCGCAUCCAAAGUGUCACGUUGGCCUGUAUCGUGGCAUCCUUAGCAACGCUGUAUUUACUUGUUGUGACGGCCAAACUGACGCCUGCGACUGCACUCCACUUUCUUGGCUGGUGGCCCAUCCAGCCGACCGAUAUAGUCAAAUCUUGUGCAUUGACCAUCCUCCUCUUCCUUGGACCCUUGUUCGAGAAGCUUGUCGUCGAGAGGGAGUUGGAAGACUUCCAUAGGGGUCGGAGACUGGUUGAGUCGUUGAGCAGCUGGCAAGGCUAUCGCAACUUCAUCGCUGGCCCUAUCACCGAAGAGGUUAUCUUUCGAUCCGUCUUGAUUCCUCUGCAUCUACUUGCAAGGUUUCAGCCCACUCAGAUCAUCUUUGUCACUCCCCUCUAUUUUGGGCUCGCUCACGUCCAUCAUUUUUACGAGUUCACCUUGACGCAUCCUCAUACACCUCUGGCACCGGCUUUGCUCAGGUCCGUCUUCCAGUUCGGAUACACGACUCUUUUUGGAUGGUUUGCUGGUUUCAUAUAUCUGAGAACUGGUUCCAUCUACUCGCCAAUUGUUAUCCACUCGUUCUGCAACUGGGUCGGACUACCUAGGUUCUGGGGUCGGGUUAAGCGAAGAGAGUUGUAUCCUCUUUCCCCGGUUGCGAUCAGGGGCAAGAAUGAUCUUGAUUCGAUUCAUGCAGGUGGCUCCGAGGCCCUGGGGUUGAGAUGGACGAUUGCGUACUAUCUGUUGCUCGUUGGUGGGGCAUGUGCUUUCUACCUAGGACUGUGGCCUUUGACGGGUUCAGAUAAUGCACUUGACAAUCUAUCAACCGCAGUGUCAAAGACGAGAUGAUAGAAGAUAGUUUGUAUACGAUAUAUGGGGGUAUAGAGAUAGAGGGACCGAAUGCCACCGUUC